AUGGCAGCAGCUGCGAAUCUGAAAGUGAGACUUCUGGUUGACAAGAAGGCCCAGAAAGUCCUGUUUGCAGAGGCAGGGAAGGAGAUUGUGGACUUCCUCUUUAAUCUCUUGGCCUUACCUGUAGGAACUGUUGUCAAGCUCCUCACUAAGGACAGCAUGGUAGGUUCUUUGGGCAAUCUCUACAAAAGUGUGGAGAACCUAAGUGAAUCCUACUUAGAACAAAACCAAACCAAGGUUUCCCUACUAGAACCCAAACUUCCUACUGGGGUUGCCCAAGUUCCUCUCCUUUUGUCCAAUCCACCUACUUCUGAUAAACACAGUACUCCACAAUUCUACAGAUGCAACCACAAUUGUAACUAUGUAAGUGGUACCUCUGGUACUCGCUGUCCUGGUAAUAGUCUACAUCAGCUCUCAGUGCGGAUGACUUAUGUUGUUGGAGCAGGAACAGCAGAUCAGGCGCAAAGAUGUGUAGAUGGGAUAGCAGGAUAUGUGAAGGGAUUGGUGACUUAUAUGGUGAAGGAUGAUUUGUCUGUGACGCCCUUCUCUACCAUAUCUGGUAUUACUCUCUUGAACAACUUUAAUGUCAGGGAAGUGGGUUCUCUUGAAGAGAAGGUUUUUGAUUUGGAUAUGGAUUUGGGAAAAAUAACACUGCCUGGUAAUGCCCUCUCGCAUGGGUGUGGAUUAGUGGAUUCUGAAUGGGUUGUUGUGGAUUCAGCAGCUGAACCUUGGUCGAAUCCAAGUAAAGUUUCUGCUGAAUUCCAGAUCUUCAGUUUGGGUGGAUUCUUGAACUGA